UUUUUUUUUUUUUCCUUUCUUUCCCUUCAUUCUAUCCAACUAUUAUUAUUAUUAUUAUUAGGAACCUAAUGGAAACACUGAAUGAUGACAAGUUGGCCUAUCUUGGUGACUAUAAGGAUACCAUAGAUGUCUUACCCAUGGAAUUACAACGUAACUUUACUCUUAUUCGACAAUUAGACGAUAGUGCUCAAGAUCUUAUGGGAAAAGUGGCACAUGAAUCUAUAGCACUUUGUCAAAGUCAAGUCAUUGUCCCUGAAAUUGAAAGGAAAAGAAGGUUAAUUGAAAUUGGCAAUCUGUUAAAUGAAAGUGUGAAACGUGGUGAAGAAAAAUUUGCUUUAGCCAAGUCUACUUAUGAUGCGGUUGAUCGUCAUUGCUCAAGGCUAGAUAACGAUUUACAAAAAUUUGAAGAUGAACAAUGGAUUGGACCAAGUCGAAUGGGUAGAACGCGUUCCAACUCAUUACAGCAACAAGAUACUAAUGUUAGUCCAACCACAACAACUCGAAAACUAACUUCUACAAGACCCAGAAAAAUAAAAAGUACUAGAACUGGACAUAAGAGAAAACAAGAACUGGAUCAAGAACAAGGGGAUUAUUUAUCAACCGAAGAUGCUGUACAACAUGCUCAAACUGCAAUCAAUCUUAGUGAUCUACCUAUCGAUCCUAAUGAACCAGUUUAUUGUUAUUGUCGAAUGGUCUCCUAUGGUGAAAUGGUGGCAUGUGAUAAUGAUGAGUGUGAUAUCGAAUGGUUCCAUCUUGAUUGUGUUGGUUUAAGGGCUCCUCCAAAAGGGAAAUGGUAUUGCAAGAAUUGUGCCUCUGAAGUCAAGGGAAAGAAGAAACUUUAGAUACCAUAAUUUAUCAUCUAUCAUUAGUAUUAUUAUCGCCCACCCUCUUCAUUCAUUUGUACAUAUAUAUAUAUAUUCUCUAUUUAUUUUUGAUGCUAAUAAUAAUAAUAAAAAACGAACGAUACCUUACU